GCGGGCCUCUUACAGCCCAGCAUUCCCUUCGUGCCGCCGCCAAGAUGGCGGCGCCCAUGUUGCGGUGCUUUUCCCGGUGCUGGUGGUCCGGGACCCCAGGCCUGUCAGGAGUUUUGGCUCUGGGGCUGCGCAAGGCCCACUCGGGCGCUCAGGGUUUACUAGCGGCGCAGAAGGCUCGGGGUCUGUUCAAGGACUUCUUCCCCGAGAGGGGUACGAAGCUAGAGCUCCCACAGCUGUUCGACCGUAGCGCGACGGGCUACUCUCCUCAGACUAUCUACUGCGGCUUCGACCCCACGGGGGACUCGCUCCACGUGGGGCACCUGCUAGCGCUGUUGAGCCUGUUUCACUUCCAGCGAGCGGGCCACAAUGUGAUCGCGCUGGUGGGAGGCGCCACCGCGCGCCUGGGAGACCCCAGCGGCCGAACCAAAGAGCGCGAGGCGCUGGAUGCGGAGCGCGUACGAGCCAACGCUCGCGCCCUCCGCCUCGGGCUUGAGGCCCUGGCGGCUAAUCACCAGCAGCUCUUCACUGAUGGGCGGACCUGGGGCAGCUUCACGGUGUUGGACAACUCGGCCUGGUACCAGAAGCAGCACCUGGUCGACUUCCUGGCAGCUGUGGGUGGCCACUUCCGAAUGGGCACGCUGCUGAGCCGGCUGAGCGUGCAGACGCGACUCCAGAGCCCCGAGGGCAUGAGCUUGGCCGAGUUCUUUUACCAGGUGCUCCAGGCCUAUGACUUCUAUUACCUGUUCCAGCGUUAUGGAUGCCGGGUCCAGCUGGGUGGGUCUGAUCAGCUGGGCAACAUCAUGUCUGGAUACGAGUUUAUCCACAAGUUGACUGGAGAAGAUGUAUUUGGAAUCACUGUUCCUUUAAUUACAAAUACAACUGGAGCAAAGCUGGGAAAGUCUGCUGGCAAUGCUGUUUGGCUAAACAGAGAUAAGACAUCUCCAUUUGAAUUGUAUCAAUUCUUUGUGAGACUGCAAGAUGAUUCUGUUGAAAGGUACCUGAAACUCUUCACUUUUCUGCCACUUCCGGAGAUUGACCAUAUUAUGCAGCUGCAUGUCAAAGAACCAGAAAAGCGGAGUGCUCAGAAACGACUUGCUGCAGAAGUAACAAAGCUUGUUCAUGGACGAGAAGGACUGGAUUCUGCUAAAAGGUGUACACAAGCCCUUUAUCAUAGUAGUAUAGAUGCACUAGAGGUCAUGUCGGAUCAAGAGUUAAAAGAGUUGUUUAAAGAAGCUUCAUUUUCUGAAUUAGUUCUUGACCCUGGAACAAGUGUCCUAGAUACAUGCCGCAAAGCAAAUGCCAUUCCAGAUGGUCCCCGAGGGUAUCGAAUGAUAACAGAAGGUGGAGUCAGUAUAAAUCAUCGACAAGUAACAAAUCCCGAGUGUGUUUUAGUUGUUGGACAACAUAUUCUCAAGAAUGGACUUUCCUUACUUAAAAUAGGAAAAAGGAAUUUCUACAUUAUAAAAUGGCUUCAGUUAUGAUGAAAAAUCCUUUUGGUUGUUCAAACUUACUCAUCAUUCAUUCUCAAAACAUGAAAGGUUGGCUUCAGAACAAAAAACAGAGAAUGGAAUAUAUAUCAGACCUCACAAUGUGAGUAAUUUAAUUAUUUUAUAGAUUGGUUAAUAAAUAAGUUGUUUAUUUAAUGAUGGUUUAUUUCCUGAUGGCAGAAACAUUAAGGACCACCACAGAAAACCAUGAUUCCCAGGAUUAAUAUUUUAAAGAUUCUGCUUUACAAAAAACUAAAUGGUGCCUUUUCUAUGUCCCCAUCAUUCUUGUUCUGCUUUGGAGUGAUAAGAAUGAACAAAAACUGGAUAUGGUGGUGCAUACUUGUAAUCCCAGAAGCUCGGGAGGCAGAGGCAGGAGGAUUGAGAGUUCAAACCCAGCCUCAGCAAAUUAGCAAGGUCCUAAGCAAUUCAGUGAGAACCUGUGUCUAAAUAAAACACAAAAAAGGGCUGGGGAUGUUGCUCAGUGAUCAAGUGCCCCUGAGUUCAAUCCCUGGUACCAAAGAAAAAAAAAGUGAACAAAAGAAUUGUGAUACUUUUAUGUCAGGAACUGAGCACUGAUCCCACUAGUAUUACAUAGUUGUUAUAAAAUUAGCAGUAUCUCUGGUGUCCGUAUUAGAAAUGGAAAACCUAUUGGAAACAUAAUUUUCUGGCUUUUUUGUUAAGAAGCAGAGUUCUCCUUUAAAAAAAGAGAAAUGUUAGAUGAGGCCAUAGCUAACAUUAUAAAUUACUUACAAGUUCUUCUCAAAAAAAAAAAAAAAAAACACACA